GCAGUUGUUUCCGUUAAGCGCCGGGCCCGCCGUGUUGGAGCCGCUCUUCCGAGACUCUUGGCCGCCGGCACCGGAGCUGUACUGCGGGGAGAGGAGGCGUCGGUGGCCCGUUACUGUGUACCGGGCACCUCUCGCUGCGCCUGGGUCACCCGGGAGAGGCUUCCUGGCUGCUGUGUCCGGGCUGCUCCGGCGGUGAUGACGUCGCCUCUCUUUCCAGCUCAGGGAUAAUUGCCUAUGUGUCUUUUUAGAUCAGGACUUGCACACAUGUUAAUCUAUUUCUCCUUGUGUGAUUGGAAGCUGUUGUAACCCGUCAUGGCCGACCUAGUUAUAAACCUGGACUGGUCUUCCGGUCAUCCUAGCGGACGGGCCGAUCAAGGAAACAGCAAACACCAGCGCUUUAUUAAAAGGAGGAGAUACUUGGAAAAUAAGGGGUUCCUGAAACAGAAGCAGUUGCCAUACAAGCCGCAGAACCGGAACUCUAGUCACCAGCAGUCCUGGGACCGGCAUAAGAAAAAGGGUCAACUGGAUGGUAGCACCGUGAGGACGGCCAACAAUGCAUUCCACACAAAGGCUUCUCAACGGCAGGGAGAGUCCACUACACCUCACCGUACUGUGUCCAUGGGUGCACCGUACCAGUCUGGCACGCUCAGUGUCAGCAUAAGCUCUGGUCCAAAGCAUUCUUGCGUGGCCCCUCAUACUUCAGCAGUGGCACCAUUCAAGGGCCAAGGCCCUCCCCAACCAAACGCCGCUAAUGGGCGAGCCCAUGACACCAAAAAGCUUUCAAAGAUUUUUCAUCCGGUACCGAGCUCCAGCCUGCUGAGCGAAUUUGAAAGCGGCAUAGCUCCAGCUCCCUCUGUGUCCAGUUACAAAAUGGUGGCCAUCGACUGUGAAAUGGUGGGCACUGGACUCAAAGGACGGAACAGCGAUCUGGCACGGUGCAGCAUUGUGAACUACCAGGGGGAUGUGGUGUUCGACAAGUACGUUAAACCGGCUAAUCCUGUCACCGAUUACAGGACCAGGUGGAGCGGAAUAAGGAAGGAACACUUGAUAAAUGCCACUCCGUUUGCCGUGGCACAAAAGGAGAUCUUAAAAAUCCUUAAUGGUAAGAUAGUGAUCGGCCACGCCAUCCAAAACGAUUACAAGGCCAUAGGGUACUUCCACCCCAAGGAGAUGACGCGAGAUACGUCGAAGAUCCCGCAGCUGAACCGCAAGGCAGGCUUCCAGGAGAAGGAGAUUGCGUCUCUCAAACGCCUAGCCAAAGAGUUGCUACACAAAAACAUCCAGACCGGCAGGGCUGGCCAUUCCUCCGUAGAAGACGCAAAGACCACCAUGGAGCUGUACCGGAUAGUAGAGGCCGAGUGUGAGCGAGAGCUGGCGGCCGGCAGAGUCCCGCAGUGAUACCCAGAGUUCCAGAGUUUUAUUACUGCAGCGGUUUGUUUUGUACUGCUUCUACUUUUAUGGAAUAAAAAAAAAACAGAUUGGGCGGCUUUA